AUGUCAACCGCCGUUAAACCUUAAAGAAGAAGUAGAAGAAGAAGAAAAGCUGUCAACUGCAAACCCCCGACCAACCCACAACAAACAGCAAAGAGGAAAACAGGAAGGAAACCAAGGAGGAGAGAGACAUCUCCACCGAAACAUUUCUAGAGCUUCUGGUUGGUCUUAAGGGUGCUGAGCACUCACAUCCUUUAUCAACAUGGGGGAACUCUUCAGAAGUGAAGAGAUGACGCUGGCUCAGCUCUUCCUGCAGUCAGAAGCUGCCUACUGUGUCAGUGAGCUGGGAGAGAUCGGGAUGGUGCAGUUUCGUGAUCUAAAUCCUGACGUGAAUGUGUUCCAACGAAAGUUUGUCAAUGAAGUACGACGAUGUGAGGAGAUGGAUCGCAAACUGAGAUUUGUGGAGAAGGAAAUAAAGAAGGCCAACAUCCCAAUAGUUGACACAGGAGAGAACCCUGAAGUCCCCUUCCCAAGGGACAUGAUCGACCUGGAGGCCACAUUUGAGAAGCUUGAGAAUGAGCUGAAGGAAAUAAACACCAACCAAGAAGCCCUAAAGAAGAACUUCCUGGAACUGACUGAGCUGAAACACAUCCUGCGUCGCACGCAGCAGUUUUUUGAUGAGAUGGAGGAUCCCAGUUUACUGGAGGAGGGCUCCACCCUCUUGGACCCCAAUGAGACGAUCCAGAGGGCUCCUCUCAGACUGGGAUUUGUGGCCGGAGUCAUUGGCAGGGAACGUGUUCCCACAUUUGAGAGGAUGCUGUGGAGAGUUUGCCGAGGAAACGUGUUCCUGAGACAGGCAGACAUCGAAGACCCUCUGGAGGACCCGGCUACAGGCGAUCAGGUCCACAAGACCGUCUUCAUCAUCUUCUUCCAGGGAGACCAGCUUAAGAAUAGAGUCAAGAAGAUCUGUGAGGGGUUCAGAGCGACCUUGUACCCGUGUCCAGAAACCUCCCAGGAGAGGAAAGAGAUGCUCGCAGGAGUGAACGCACGCAUUGAGGACCUGCAAAUGGUGCUGAACCAGACGGAGGAUCAUAGGCAGAGGGUCCUGCAGGCUGCAGCCAAGACGGUCCGAGUGUGGUUCAUCAAGGUGAGGAAGAUGAAGGCCAUCUACCACACCCUCAACCUCUGCAACAUCGACGUCACGCAGAAGUGUCUGAUCGCUGAGGUGUGGUGUCCCGUCUCCGACAUGGACUCCAUCCAGUUUGCCCUGCGCAGGGGGACGGAGAAGAGCGGCUCCACUGUGCCUUCCAUCCUCAAUAGGAUGCAGAGCAAGCAGACCCCGCCCACCUUUAACAAGACAAACAAGUUCACCUCGGGCUUCCAGAACAUUGUGGAUGCUUAUGGAAUUGGCAGCUAUCGUGAGAUCAACCCAGCGCCAUACACCAUCAUCACCUUCCCCUUCCUGUUUGCGGUCAUGUUUGGUGACCUUGGCCACGGGGUGCUCAUGACCUGUGCUGCCCUGUACCUCGUGUUGAGAGAGAGCAGGCUGAUUGCCCAGAAGAACGAUAACGAGAUGUUCAGCAUGGUGUUCGCAGGGCGCUACAUCAUCCUGCUGAUGGGAAUCUUCUCCGUCUACACGGGGAUCAUCUACAACGACUGCUUCUCCAAGUCCCUCAACGUGUUUGGCUCUGGCUGGAGCGUCAGGCCCAUGUUCGACUCUCGGCAAGGGGCCAACUGGACGUUUGCAACGCUGGAAGGCAACAAAGUGUUGCAGUUGGACCCGGCAAUAGACGGCGUAUUCACGGGGCCGUACCCCAUUGGCAUCGAUCCGAUCUGGAACAUUGCCACCAACAAGCUGACGUUCCUGAACUCGUUCAAGAUGAAGAUGUCUGUGAUCCUGGGAGUCAUCCACAUGCUGUUUGGAAUCUCACUCAGUCUUUUCAACCACCUGUAUUUCAAGAAGCCGCUGAACAUCUACUUGGGAUUCAUCCCAGAGAUCGUCUUCAUGGUCAGUCUGUUUGGCUACCUAGUCAUUCUGAUCUUCUACAAGUGGCUCUCGUACGACGCAAGCAUCUCCAAGGACGCUCCCAGUCUCCUCAUCGCCUUCAUUAACAUGUUCCUCUUCAACUACAACGAUCCCAGUAACAAACCUCUCUACAGAGGACAGAUGGCCCUACAAUGCUUCUUGGUGGUAGUGGCCUUGGCUUGUGUUCCCUGUAUGUUAAUAGUGAAAACUCUGGUUCUGCGGCGGCAGCAUCUGUGGCGGAAAAACCUGGGCACUCAGAACUUCGGAGGGAUCAGGGUGGGCAACGGGCCCACUGAGGAUGAGGCUGAAAUCAUCCAGCAUGACCAGCUCUCACAGCACUCUGAGGAGGAGCCUGAGUCAAUAACCAAGCGUUGCCUUUUGUCACCUGCUGUCAAGGCGAGUGAGGAGGAAGAGUUUAACUUUGCGGACGUGGCUGUGCAUCAGGCGAUCCACACCAUAGAGUACUGCCUGGGCUGUAUCUCCAACACGGCCUCCUAUCUGAGGCUCUGGGCCCUCAGUCUGGCUCAUGCACAGCUGGCGGAGGUGCUGUGGACCAUGGUGAUGCACAUUGGCCUUUCCAGCAGAAGCUUCACAGGAUUCUUCGUUCUGUCUAUUGUCUUUUUCUUCUUUGCUGUUCUCACAGUUGCCAUUCUUCUCAUAAUGGAGGGCUUGUCCGCCUUCUUGCAUGCACUGCGCCUGCACUGGGUGGAGUUCCAAAACAAGUUUUACACCGGCCAGGGCUUCAAGUUCCUCCCCUUCACCUUCGAAAGCAUCCUGGACGGGAGAUGUGAGGACUGAGAUCUGAGGACGACUCGUCUUCUAUUAAUGUCGCUCGUCUGUUGAGAAUCUGUGUGUGUGUGUGUGUGUGUGUGUGUGAUAUGCAGUUUUCCAUUAGUGACACUCCACAAGAUGUCAGAUUGCCAUUUGUUUUAAACUUCUUAUCACGCAGCAAUUACUUUUCAUUCAUUCCUCAGAAGAAAGCGCAUUAUCUGUGUUAGUGUCUUAGUCAUCCAUGAUUUAUUUAGUUUAAUAUUAUUUAUGCAAACCCUUACUUUAUAAAACCUGCGUGUUUCCGAUGUGGCAGUGCUGCACUAAAUGAGAUGUUGUGUGCAAAUGUCUUGACUGAUUAGUAAAGUGACAGUUUACAACGUCCUUGUUUGUCCUCUACACAUUGUUGUUUCCACACACACACACACACACACGUAGGCUCAUAUCGCACUGCGUACUGACCUCACUGAGAUUUAAAGGGAAUACAUUUUGACUUUCAUCAGGAUGUUAGUCAGUGCUUUGAAGAAGGAGAUGAACUGAUGAUAACACUGCGUUGUGCGCUAACAUUGCCAUGAAUGCGCUUUGUGUUGUGUUAGAGAUCUAUACGGAGACGAAGAAGUGGAAUCUAUUAGGUGUGUGUUCUGUAACCGUGUCAGUCUUUCUGAUUCCAGUCGUAAAGUUUAAAGUCAUCGUCACACGCUGCGUGCUGCAGGGAGUAAGAGCGGCGUGCAGCAGUUAGAGUUCAUUCCACAGAAAUAAUCUACCACCCACAUUAAUUGUGCAUCUCUGUGUCAAUAAAGUGGAACGAGCUGGAUAAA